AUGUCGUUCCUAUCUCGUCUUCUCCGUGUCAACACUUCCACGAUCCGCCGAUUUUCCUCCUCCUCCUCCGCCGCAAUCUCGCCGCCUAAAAAGUCGCUUACCAGUAUCGUUAAUGACGAAAAAAACCCAAAACGUAUCGUGGAGAAGUUUAAGAAGGCGUGUGAGUCGGAGAAGUUCCGGGAUAACAUAGCCGUGUACGAUAGAACCGUGCGCCGUCUCGUCGCCGCAAAGAGAUUACAUUUCGUCAAAGAGAUUCUUGAGGAGCAGAACAAGUACCGUGACACGUCAAGGGAAGGAUUCACGGCGAGGAUCAUUUCCUUGUAUGGAAAAGCAGGAAUGUUUGAAAAUGCACAGAAGGUGUUCGACGAAAUGCCUGAGAGAAACUGUAAGAGGUCAGUCUUGUCUUUAAAUGCAUUGCUUGGUGCAUAUUGUGCUUCGAAGAAAUUCGAUUUGGUUGAAGAACUUUUUAGUGAGUUACCAAGCAAGCUAUCAAUCAAACCAGAUAUUGUAUCUUACAAUACUUUGAUCAAGGCAUUAUGUGAGAAGGGUUCAUUACCAGGAGCUGUUGAAUUGCUUGAUGAGAUUGAGAACAAGGGUUUGAAACCUGAUACAUUCACGUUCAACACGCUUUUGUUGUCGUCAUAUUUGAAUGGACAGUUCGAGCUAGGGGAAGAGAUUUGGGGUAAAAUGGUGGAGAAGAAUGUAGCGAAAGACAUCAGGACUUACAAUGCUCGGUUGCUUGGAUUAGCCAACGAGACGAAAUCAAAAGAGUUACUAAAUCUCUUUGAAGAACUGAAGACUAGUGAGAUCGAACCUGAUGUUUACAGCUUCAAUGCUAUGAUUAGAGGAUCAAUCAACGCAGAGAAAAUAGAUGAAGCCAAAUCGUGGUACAAAGAAAUCGCGGAGCACGGUUAUCAUCCUGAUAAAGCUACAUUUGGUGUAUUGCUCCCUGCUAUGUGUAAAGUAGGCGACUUUGAGUCUGCGGUUGAGCUCUGCAAGGAGACAUUCAGUAAGCGGUAUCUUGUCGGUCCAGCGACAUUGCAGCAGUUAGUUGAUGAAUUGGUGAAAGGGUCCAAGAGAGAAGAAGCUGAGGAGAUUGUGGAUCUCGCAAAGACCAGUGAUUUCAUAAAGUUGAAGCUAGUUUUGUCAUCCAAGGAAGAGUAA